UUAAACAACAACAACAACAACAACAAAAGUGAUAAAUAUCUAUGUAUUUGUGUUAUGUGUCUAUCAUUUAUAAUUAACUACUACUACUACUACUACUACUACUAUAUGUGCGCUUAUGUAUCACGAGAUGCAAUGGGAUUUUAGGCCAAAGUUUGUUGAACACAGUAGCUAUCAAAUUAACUCUUCCGCCUACGACCUAAGCACCGGUAGUAACAACAACGGCAACAAUGAUUAUAAUAGCCAUAAAAACACCGGUAUUAACAGCAGUGGUGGUGGCGGCGGUUGUGGCGGCGGUAAUGGCAUCGGUAACGGUAGUACAUGCAAUGAUGACAACCAAUCGGACCGAUGCUGUCCCGAUUGUCCUAUAGAACCGACGGCCAACUAUUGUAAAAUUGUAUUCAAAAUAACGAUAGUAUUUCUGAGUUUUGCCGGCUUUCUCUAUCAGGCGACCGAUAUCUGUACACAUUAUUUCAGUUAUAGGACAGUCGUCUAUACGAAUACGGAACAGGAGUCGAUCAUCGAUCUACCGUCGCUGACGUUUUGUUUGCCCACUUAUUUUACUAAACAAAAACUGGUCGAUCUAUACGGUCAGCAUAUUAGCCGCUCAAUGGAUGAGGCCAUACACUAUAACCGAUCGAUGAAGUCGGCCAUUGAACCGCUUAUAUACGAUUCGUUUCAUAGACAAGCCUUCAAAGAUCUCAACGCCGACCAGAUAUUGGAAAACAGUAUCAAAAGUGUUAACACUAUUGAAUGCCGGCUCUACUAUCCGCCCCUCAAUUGGCUUAACCUAACCCAUCAUCAACUAUACGAGAUUAUCCAAUACGGCAUUCCCUGCGAGGAUGUGGCGGAUAUUAUCGAAAGUAUUAAUGCAAACGGAAAAUGUUUUACAUUUUUCAGUCAACUCAUGUCCUACGAUAAUAGCGAAUCGUUUAAGAUAUCCGUGAAUAGAGGCUAUCGAUUUCACUCAGGUCGCUUUAUGAAACUGCAGAUCCAAUUCAAUCGGGAUGAAUACUCGGCCAUAUCGGAUGGCCAACAGCGGGAGUGCAUACAAGUUCAUCCGCCAUUCAAGAUACCGUCGGAGGCCUGUCUACACUCCAUACAGCCGGGUAUGAGCUACGAUGUUGUGAUAACCAAAACCAAAGCCAUACUACAGCCGCCGCCCUACCAGACCGACUGCUAUUCCUAUCAUAUUACUCGGGACAGCGACUACAUGAGCCGAUCGGAUUGCAUCGAUAAAUGUAUGCUUCGGAUAUAUGAAGAAAAAUGCAAAUGUUUGCCAAUACAUAUAACCAUUUGGCGAACCAAUGCUAACCUGAAUCUAUCGAUUUGUAAUUACGAUGAUUUUGAAUCGAUAGCCGAGUGCUUACAGCAAGAGCUCAGCAAUAAUUGUUACGAUAGGUGUCGACCUGAUUGUAUAGAUAGACACUAUCACAUUGAAGUCGAGAGCCGUACGUAUCCGUCGGACGAGCAGAUUAUGCGGGCCAUCGGCGGCGACGGCGAACGGCUAAUCAAUAUGCGCCGAUCGGCCGCUACAAUCAAUAUCUGGAGCAACUACCUGAGCGACGUAACCUAUGUCCAUACGCCGGCCAUGUCGCUCAUCCAGUUGGUCUGCUAUCUGGGCGGUCUGGCCGGCCUAUGGCUGGGCGUAUCCGUUAUGACCGUAUCCGGUUGGUUGGCCCAACUCUAUCCGUUUCUACAGAAAUGGAAAGGCCGUCAGCAGCACCUGUUCCUACACUGUAGGCGCCAUUUGCCAGUCGGUAAUGUGACAAAGAUAUCGCCCGACGAUCACCUGCUCCUCAAUCCUACCGAUAAUAAUAAUCAUACAAAAUGA